CAGGGGGGCCGCGGCUGGCACAGAGGGCCUGGUGGGCGAGGCCUCCCUGUGGGAGGAGCCACGGUCCUGGGUGCCUGGCCUGUGGGCUGCCCGGCGUCCACUCCCCACGCUCUCCUGAGGCAGGACCCCACGGGACUCCCGGCGGCCAAGUCUAGGUGUCAUGAGCUGCAGACUCCAUCCCAGCGGGGGACCCCGGGGCAGAGGGACCUCGGAGCAGCCUCUUCCAGCCUCCUGCUGACAGCGCACCCCAGCUGUGCCCCAGGUCACCCCACCUCCCAGUGCCAUGGCUCCCCCACCCGGGGACCCAGGGCCCCCCCUGGGGAGCCAGCGACCUUUCCUGAGCAUCAACGUCCUGCCUGUGGUGGAGCGCUGCAUGAGCGCCAUGCAGGCCGGGACCCAGAUGGUGAAGCUCCGUGGCAGCGCCAAGGGCCUCGUGCGCUUCUACUUCCUGGACGAGCACCGCUCCUGCAUCCGCUGGCGGCCCUCGCGCAAGAACGAGAAGGCCAAGAUCUCCAUCGACUCCAUCCAGGAGGUGAGCGAGGGCCGGCAGUCGGAGAUCUUCCAGCGCUACCCCGACGGCAGCUUCGACCCCAACUGCUGCUUCAGCAUCUACCACGGCAGCCACCGCCAGUCGCUGGACCUGGUCUCGCCCAGCAGCGACGAGGCGCGCACCUGGGUCACGGGCCUGCGCUACCUCCUGGCCGGCAUCAGCGACGAGGACAGCCUGGCCCGCCGCCAGCGCACCCGGGACCAGUGGCUGAAGCAGACAUUCGACGAGGCCGACAAGAACGGGGAUGGCAGCCUGAGCAUCAGCGAGGUCCUGCAGCUGCUGCACAAGCUGAACGUGAACCUGCCCCGGCAGAGGGUGAAGCAGAUGUUCAAGGAGGCGGACACGGACGACCAGCAGGGCACGCUGGGCUUUGAGGAGUUCUGCGCCUUCUACAAGAUGAUGUCCACCCGCCGGGACCUCUACCUGCUCCUGCUGGCCUACAGCGGCCACAAGGACCACCUGGCCGCCGCCGACCUGCAGCGCUUCCUGGAGGUGGAGCAGAAGAUGACGGGGGUGACCCUCGAAAGCUGCCAGGACAUCAUCGAGCAGUUCGAGCCCUGCCCCGAGAACAAGAGUAAGGGGGUGCUGGGCAUUGACGGCUUCACCAACUACACGCGCAGCCCGGCCGGCGACAUCUUCAACCCCGAGCACCACCGCGUGCACCAGGACAUGACGCGGCCGCUGAGCCACUACUUCAUCACCUCCUCCCACAACACCUACCUCGUGGGCGACCAGCUCAUGUCCCAGUCGCGAGCGGACAUGUACGCCUGGGUGCUGCAGGCCGGCUGCCGCUGCGUGGAGGUGGACUGCUGGGACGGGCCCGACGGGGAGCCCAUCGUGCACCACGGCUACACCCUGACCUCCAAGAUCCUCUUCAAAGACGUCAUCGAGACCAUCAACAGAUACGCCUUCGCCAAGAACGAGUACCCGGUGAUCCUGUCCAUCGAGAACCACUGCAGUGUGGCCCAGCAGAAGAAGAUGGCCCAGUACCUGACCGACAUCCUCGGGGACAAGCUGGACUUGUCGUCCGUGAGCAGCGAGGACGCCUCCCUGCUGCCCUCACCACAGGCGCUCAAGGGCAAGGUCCUGGUGAAGGGCAAGAAGCUGCCCCCCAACAUCAGCGAGGACGCAGAGGAGGGCGAGGUGUCGGACGAGGACAGCGCGGACGAGAUGGACGAGGACUGCAAGCUCCUCAAUGGGGAUGCCUCCCCCAACCGGAAGCGGGUGGAGCACAUGGCCAAGCGGAAGCUGGACUCCCUGAUCAAGGAGUCGCGGAUCCGGGACCGCGAGGACCUGAACGACUUCGCGGUCUCCGCGCUGCCGCUGCCAGGGAGGCCCGGGCACAGGGCCGCGCGCAAGAAGGCUGAGGAGGACGUGGAGGCCGGGGAGGACGCUGGGGCCAGCAGACGGAACAGCCGGCUGCUCAUGCACAGCCUCUCCAAGCGCAAGAAGAGCAGCAAGCUGAAGAAGGUGGCCAGCGUGGAAGAGGCGGACGAGGACCUGGACCCGCAGGGCGCCCAGAACCGAGGGGCCGCCCGGCAGAAGAAGACCAUGCAGCUGUCGCGGGCCCUGUCGGACCUGGUGAAGUACACGAAGUCCGUGGGCUCCCACGACGUGGACACGGAGGUGGCGUCCAGCUGGCAGGUGUCGUCUUUCAGCGAGACGAGGGCGCAGCAGGUCCUGCAGCAGAAGCCGGAGCAGUACCUGCGCUUCAACCAGCGCCAGCUGUCCCGCAUCUACCCCUCCUCCUACCGCGUGGACUCCAGCAACUACAACCCGCAGCCCUUCUGGAACGCCGGCUGCCAGAUGGUUGCCCUGAACUACCAGUCGGAGGGGCGGAUGCUGCAGCUGAACCGGGCCAAGUUCAGCGCCAACGGCAACUGCGGCUACGUGCUCAAGCCCCAGUGCAUGUGCCAGGGCAUCUUCAACCCCAACUCGGAGGACCCCCUGCCCGGGCAGCUCAAGAAGCAGCUGGUGCUUCGCAUCAUCAGCGGGCAGCAGCUCCCCAAGCCGCGCGACUCGAUGCUGGGGGACCGCGGGGAGAUCAUCGACCCCUUCGUGGAGGUGGAGGUCAUCGGGCUCCCGGUGGACUGCAGCAAGGAACAGACCCGCGUGGUGGACGACAACGGGUUCAACCCCAUGUGGGAGGAGACCCUGGUGUUCGUGGUGCACAUGCCCGACAUCGCACUGGUGCGCUUCCUUGUCUGGGAUCACGACCCCAUCGGGCGCGACUUCAUCGGCCAGAGGACGCUGGCCUUCAGCAGCAUGAUGCCAGGCUAUCGGCACGUGUACCUGGAGGGCAUGGAGGAGGCCUCCAUCUUUGUCCACGUGGCCAUCAGUGACGUCAGCGGUAAGGUCAAGCAGGCUCUGGGCUUAAAAGGUCUGUUCCUCCGAGGCCCAAAGCCCGGCUCCCUGGACAGUCAUGCUGCUGGGCGGCCCGCGCCCCGGCCCUCCGUCAGCCAGCGGCUCCUGCGGCGCACGGCCAGCGCCCCCGCCAAGAGCCAGAAGCCCGGCCACAGGGCCUUCCCUGAGCUGGUCCUGGGCACGCAGGACGCGGGCUCCGAGGGGGAGGCCCUGGACGUGGCCCCGCCCAGCCCCGGCCUGGCCCCCGGGGCCCUGGCCCAGGAGGAGCCCGGAGGCCCCAGCCCCCGAGGUAAGGCGCCGGCUGAGAGGAGCCCUGGGCAGGGGCGGCCGCCGCGUGGCCCCGAGGGCCCCGGGCCAGCCGGGAUGGCCGCCUCCUGCAUGAAGUGCGUGGUGGGCUCCUGCGCCGGCGAGGACUCCGAGAGCCUGCGAAGGGGGCGGGCCCCCAGCCCGGGGCCCCAGGACGGGCACCAGGCCAUCGACCAGCAGCCCCGUGGCCGGGCGGACUUGCUGGGGGCCCCCCACGCGGCCCCAGGCAGAGGCGGCAGAGGGUCCCCCCCGGGGCCGGGGGGCGGCUGCUCGGUGUCGGGCUCAGGCAGCCCCGGCAGCCCCGAGGGGGCCCCCCGCUGGCCCGAGGGCGCCCGCAGGCAGCCGGGGGCCAUGCAGAGGGAGAUGAAUGCCCUGUUCGUUCAAAAGCUGGAGGAGAUUAGGAGUAAAUCCCCCAUGUUCUCCACCGAUCCCCGCCCCUUCUCCAUGCAGAGGUCGGUCUCCUCGCUGUGCAGCCUGGAGACCAUAGCUGAGGAGCCAGCGCUGGGCCCCGGGCCCCCGCCUCCGCCGGCCACCCCACCCCGCCCCGCCCAGGGGGGACCCUGGUGCACCACGGGCCCCGCAGUCCAGGCUGAGCGCCCCCCAGCGGUGUCCCUCCAGCUCAGGACCGGGAGCCAGGGGGACACAGGACUAGCCCCCCACAGCAGGUGGCAGGCGUGCCAUGGUGGGGGCCCCAGUGGAGCAUGUGAGGGGGCGCCCGGCAGCCAGACGGACAGCAGGGGCCACCCCCGGGCCCUGGGCCAUCUGCCCUUGGUCAGAAGGGCCAAGAGUGAGGGGCAGGUGCCCUCGGAGCCCCUGAGUGGACGCCGGUCCCUGGCUGGGCCCUCCCCGGCCCUGUACUCGGACGCCACGGCCGGAGACCGGCUCUGGCAGCGGCUGGAGCCCAGCAGCCACCGAGACAGCGUGUCCUCGUCCUCCAGCCUGUCGUCCGGCGACACCGUCAUCGACCUCUCGCUGCCGGGCCUGGGCCUGGGGCGGGAGAGCCUCCUGGGGGCCCCGGCUGGACGCCUGCCCCUACGGCCCUGCUCGGCCUCAGCCGCCCGCCUGGACUUCCUCUCGGUGACCAAGAGCAAAUCCAACCCCAACCUGCGGGCUGCAGGCCAGUUCCCUGUGGCCCCCCGGGCCCGCCUCCCCACGGCCGGCCUCAGGGACGGCCCCACGUCCACCAAGUCCAAGAGCCUGGGGGACCUGACUGCCGACGACUUCGCCCCCCGCGUCGAGGGCCGGGGCAGAAGCCUGGGCCACAGCCUGGGCCCAGCCGGGGAGGGGCCAGCGGGGCGGGCGGCCCAGCGGGACCCCCUGACGGAGCAGCUGCUGUGGCUGACGGGCUUCCAGCAGGCGGGGGACAUCACCUCGCCCACCAGCCUGGGCCCGGCCGGGGAGGGGGCGGCGAGUGGCCCCGGCUUCCAGCGCCGCUCCUCCCGCAGCCAGAGCCGCGUGCGCGCCAUCGCCAGCCGGGCACGCCAGGCCCAGGAGCGGCAGCAGCGGCUGCAGGGCCCGCGGGGACUCCCCGAGGAGGAGCGGGGUGCCCCAGAGGGCGCCUGCUCUGCGGGCCAAGAGGGCUGCGGGGACUUGCCCGCCCCCAAGGGCGCCGCUGGCCUCCUGCUCAGGCUGUGACCAGCCCCCGCGCGGACUCCUGCCCUCCCGCGCCGUGGCCACCAGCCAGCGGCCAGGCAGGGUCUCGUGUUUGCUCAGGACAUGGCGCGUGCUGGCCCCGGAGCUGUGUGCCCCUUGGCGCUCGUCCUCUGCCCAGGCCUCUCCUCCGGGGGAGGGAAGGCAGCCCCACCCCUGGCAACGUUGUCACGACGCUUUGCGAUGUGCACAGAGAGAUUUACAUUUUGAGACAAAGCUUCUACGACAUUAAAAUGGGGCCGAGUCCUUCCUGUU